UCAUAAAUAAUAAAUGUCUCUCGAUCGAUGUGAUGCAAGCAAAGUUUCCUACGUGGAUUACGCUAGCGGAUGGAAUCAAAAAAUUAUGAAGUUCAUGGGGAUUUGGCCGGAGGAAAGAGGAUUCACUCAUGUGUCCAGCUACAAAGUAUUAUUCCCAAUCGGUUUUAUGUUUCUCUUUAUUACCGUACCACAAACAACGAAUCUCUACUUUAUUUGGGGUGAUUUCGAAUUGGUCGUCGAGAAUUUAUCGGUGGGAAACAUGACUACGACAAUUGCUAUAUUGAAGACAGCUACCUUUUGGUCCAACAGAAGAACUAUGAAAGUACUUCUAUCGCACAUGGAAAGCGAUCGAAAAGAAGCUGAAGCCGAGGAGAACAUAAAGAAAAUGAUGAGCAUCGGUGUUAUCAGCAGGAAGAUAAUAGCUGGAAGUAUCAUAAUGUGUAACUUUGUUGCCUUAACUUUUGUGACAUUUAAAACCCUUUUGUUACCAUAUACCGGACGGGUUUUGUAUUAUCGUGCUUAUUUCCCAUAUGACACUCGAAUCUUUCCGAAUUUCGAAAUAACACUGAUUGGCCAAAUUGCAGCCGCAAUUUAUGUAGCGAACAGUUACACAGCUGUUGACACUUUCAUGGCAAUGUUGAUGUUACACGUGUGCGGACAAUUUUCGAAUCUCCGUAAAAAAUUGACGAAGUUGUGUUCGGAAAGUAACAGAAAUUUUCAAAUCGAUCUAAGAAGAAUUGUACGAAAGUAUGAUAUGCUUAACAGGUAUGCUGAAACGAUCGAGGACAGAUUCAACGGCAUGUUGCUUAUCCAAAUGCUUAGUUGUACAGUGCAACUGUGCGUUCAAUCCUAUCAAGCAAUUUCGGCCCUUGUGGAUGACGAUCAAGGUCUCUUGAUAGUCCGACUAUUCUUUUUUGCUAUAUACACAACGUACGUCAUGCUACAUAUCUAUCUAUAUUGUUACGUCGGCGAAAAACUUUUCUCUGAGGGAACGAAAAUUGCUUAUGCAGUGUACGAUUGCAACUGGUACGAUCUAUCACCAAAGGAAGCUAAAUGUCUUAUAAUAAUAAUGUGUCGAGCACAAUUAUCAUCGCGUAUUACUGCAGGAAAAUUUUGUUCCUUCAAUCAUGAGCUAUUCGGUAAGAUUUUAAAAACAUCGAUGGGUUACUUGUCCGUCCUAUAUGCGAUGAAAACCAAAGAUACAACAGCAUUUUGGUUCAACGGGAGAUCCAUGAAAAUACUUCUAUGGCACAUGGAAAACGAUCGAAGAGAAGCAACAACCGAGGAAAACAUUAGGAAGAUGAUGAGAAUCGCUGAUAUCAGUAGGAAGAUAACAGCUGGAAGUAUCAUAAUGUGUAAUUGUAUUGUUUUUACUCAUGUGAUAAUAAGAACCCUAUUGCUACCAAUUACCGGACGGAUUGGACAAAUUACAGCCGCACUUUACGCAGCCAACAGUUAUACAGCUGUUGAUACUUUCAUGACAAUGUUGGUGUUACAUGUGUGCGGACAAUUUUCGUGUCUCAGAAAAAACUUGACCCAAUUGUGUUCGGAAAGUAACAAAAAUUUUCGAAUUGAUCUCGCAAGAAUUGUGGAAAAAUAUGAUAUGCUUAAUAGAUAUGCUGAAACAAUCGAUGACAGAUUCAACGGCAUGUUACUUGUACAAAUGCUUGGCUGUACAAUGCAACUCUGUGUUCAAUUCUAUCAAGCAAUUUCGACCAUUGUGGAUGACGAUCAUAGUCUCUUGAUAAUCCGACUAUUCUUUUUUGCUAUAUACACAACAUACGUCAUGCUUCACAUUUAUCUAUAUUGUUAUAUCGAAUAUAUCAAUUUAAUUUCGAUUAAACCCACUAAUAUUUUGUUGAUCGGUCAACGUUCUAAAGUUUCGUACGUGGAUUACAUUUGUGGCUGGAAUCGUUACACUAUGAAGAUAUUGGGGAUAUGGCCGAAGAAAAGAAAAAUCAAUGAAACAUCGAAUUACUUGGUCCUUCUACCACUUAGCAUGAUGUUACUGUUCAUUGGAAUACCACAAACGAUUAAUCUCUACUUCAUAUGGGGUGAUAUCGACUUGAUCAUCGAAAACUUGUCUGUAGGAAAUUUAACUAUCUUAAUUGCGGUAUUGAAGACAACUAUCUUUUGGUUCAAUGGAGAAUCCAUUAGUGUUCUACUAUCUCGUAUGGAAGAGGAUCGAAAAGAGACUAAUACCGAGGAAGAAGCAAGAAGAAUGAUGAGGAUCGCGAAAAUUUGCAGGAGGAUAUCCAUUGGAUGUAAUUUAACGUAUUACAUAAUAAUUAUUCUUUUUAUCAUUCUGCAUAUUCUAUUAGUUCGUUAUAUCGGUCAUAUUCUCAUAAUACGCUCUUAUUUCCCAUACAACAUCCAAUCCACACCAAAUUACGAGCUAACAGUUCUUGGUCAAACAUUGGCUGCAUACUGCGCAGCCGGAGUUUACACAUCGGUUGAUACUUUCGUCGCUACUUUGGUGUUCCAUGUAUGUGGACAACUUAAAAAUUUGAAACAACGUUUGCGCGAUUUGUGUUGCGAAAAAGACAAUGAAGACUUUUUCAUUAAAAUUGGCCAGAUCGUUAAGAAGCACGAUUCAUUGAGCAGAUUCGUCAAUACGAUCGAAAAUAAUUUCAAUGACAUGUUUCUAUUGCAAAUGAUCGGCUGUACGGUUCAACUUUGCGUUAUGUGUUUUCUGGUCCUUUUGACUCUUGGAGGAAAGGAUGGUAUAAUCUUAAUUCAAAUAGUAUUCCUCGUGUUAUGCAUAACAUACGUUUUGCUUCAAAUUUAUUUGUAUUGUUACAUUGGUGAGGAACUUAUUUCAGAGAGCAUAGGAAUUAUGGACGCUGUCUACGAAUGUAAGUGGUAUGAUUUAUCAUGUAAUAAAGCUAGAUCACUUAUUAUGAUCAUGAUCCGAGCAAAAGUACCAUUUUUCAUAACUGCAGGAAAAUUUUGUUCUUUCAGUCAUAAACUUUUUUGCAACAUUUUGAGAACGUCGAUGAGUUACUUGUCGGUACUUCAUGCUAUGAACAUCGUAAAUACAGAAUGAAACGCACAAAUGCAUCUCCAAAUGUAUUAUCUGUUGUUGAACUGUAUCCAUCUAUAGUUGAAAUAUAUCGCAAAUAAUUUUAUUACCUAAUAUUUAUUCCAAUUAUUUUAUUCUUCUAACAAGAUACAAAAUUAUGUGCU